UUUCUAUUAUUUUAUUUUUAUAGCUUCAGUUAGACAAACACGCCUAGUGCGUGAGCUUGUAUAUAUUUUUGCGCUUAGCUUAGCCUUUUAGAUUUAUUUUUUCAAUCGACAACUAAUUGUCAAGAGACUCAACAAAUCACUGGAUGUAAAAAGAUUGUCACAGUAAAGAAAUACAUUCAGCGAUGUUUAAACGCAUCAACAAGUUGAGCAGACGGUUCGGAAAGAAAAAACCGAAAGAUCCUUCGCCUUCGUCUUCUCAAAAUGAUGUCACAAAGCUUGAUGUCCCUCACUACAGUGACGACACAGUACCACAUAGCAAAUCAAUGCCUGAAUUAUGCGAUGGAGAUCCGGAUUCACUCAAAGUUAGCGCGGGAAAAGGGAUUGAUCUAUGCAACAAUGAAACCCCCUGUGACGACAUAGAAACGAUUCCCGUUACGACAAGCAGCGAAGAAAGCAUUUCCCAGACUGCUGGCAGUCGGGGAGACGACAUGUCUAUUCGAAUCGAAGAUUUACAAAAUGUUUAUAAUAAGAAGCACGCAGAUGAGGAUCGAUUAUUCAGAGAAGAGAUGAAGGGCAUCUCAACAUAUGUAUCUAAAAACCCGUCAACUUGUGAAUAUGCAAAAUUGCCCCAGAACAGAGAGAAAAAUCGAUACAAGAAUAUUGUUACAUCUGAUAAAGCUCGAGUAGUGUUGGAGCGCAUCAAUGACGACCCGUUCUCAGAUUAUAUCAACGCUUCUUAUAUAGACGGCUACACCAAAAAGCGAAAAUUCAUUGCAACUCAGGGACCUAAACCAAGCACUGUGAACGAUUUUUGGAGAAUGGUUUGGGAACAUGGGUUGAAGGUUAUCGUCAUGGUAACGGACUUCCGGGAAAGCGGAAAACCGAAAUGCGAACGAUACUUUCCCGAAGAAGGGGUCAUGGAAUGCGGCAAUAUUUGCGUAGAAACCACGAAAGUUACAUCAUACGGUGGGUACCAUCAACGUACACUCGCUGUCAGUCUAUCUCCAGGAGAGGUCUAUGAUAACGACAGCGUUCAAGAAGUCACAGAGAAAACGGAAGAACCAGAGGUACGAUACAUCACUCAUCUUCAAUGCAAACGUUGGCCCGAUCACGGGGUUCCCAAAUCAACAUCAGCCAUAUUUAGGCUUCAUCAGAAAAUGUUGGAUUCUCAGCCAGAGGACUGCGAUACACCGAUACUGGUUCACUGCAGCGCCGGAGUCGGACGUACUGGAACAUUGGUCGGGCUGGAUAAUCUUAUCUCACAACUGGCAACCGAGAAACUGAUCAACGUUCAUGAUACUGUGGUUAAAAUGAGAGAACAGAGAACUGAGAUGGUGCAGAGCAUGGACCAGUACGUUCUUCUACACAAACUUAUACUUGAACAUCAUUACUUAGGGAAUACGGAUUAUAAUGUUGCGAAUUUUGAAAAACAUCUUGAGGAAAUGAACAAAGUCGAUGAAGAGUCAGGAAAAACAAAAUUCGAAUCAGAAUUCGAACUUUUAUCGCUUGUUCCCCCACAGAAUGCCAGAUUCAGUUCGGGUUCGAUGUCACACAACGCUCCUAAAAAUAGAGAUGAAAAAGUCAUUCCAUAUGAGCACAGCCAAGUUUUUAUACGAAUGAGACCAACAGAAAUGAGGCCGCCUUAUGUCAACGCUUCGACUUUGUUGGGUUAUGACGACACAGUCAAUCUCAUUGCCGCGCAAGAUCCGUUGCCAUCGUUACUGGAAGAUUUUUGGCGAGUUAUCAUUGAUAAUUAUGUAACCUGCAUCGUCAUGCUGGCGCCCACCAUAAAGGACGAAAUUGAAUAUUGUCCUCAGUAUUGGCCUAGUGAUGACGUAAUGGAGUUUGGUGACAUCACAAUUAAACACGAAGAAUCAGUAGACCAUGACGAUUUCGUUGAAACCAGAUUAACAAUAUUAACAGACGACAGAGAGAAGCUCGGUCGCUCCAUCACACAUCUUCAUUAUAAAAACUGGUUGGAGAAUCAACCUCCACCAGACCGUAGUGACGUCACAAUACUUGAUAUCAUUGCUCACGUAGACAAACACAAAAGAAACGAAGAAAAUGGCGGGAAAACGAGGGUUCUUGUGCAUUGCAGCGAUGGAGCAGGCAUUACAGGCUCAUUCUGUGCGGUUGUGAAUCUCGUGCAACGUUUAAAAUGCGAGAACAAAGUCGACGUUUUCAGGGCGAUAAAAGAUUUAAGAGAUUGCAGGCCUGGAAUGGUGAAAACAGUGGACCAGUAUAAAUUCUGCCACGACGCCAUAGCAACGUAUUUACGAUCAUUUGAUCUCUACUCCAAUGGAAGAUAAUGACGGCGAGAAACUCCUGAUUUUUUUUGUCUUCAGAUCGUGUUUCAUCAGGUCCAGAUUUGUUUCCAGUUUGAAUUAUUUCUAAAACGGUUUUAGAUUACUGCAAUUUCUUUUUAAAUUUAUCGAGAACACAUGUCUUGAGAGUGGGGCGCCGACUUUUUGUGACCCCUAAUAUCAAGUAACUCGCGAAACUAGUUUAUUCAUACUAUUUUCUUAAUAGUAAUUUAUAAAAUUGAACGCGAAGACAUUGCAGGUUACUUUGCUAUCUCGUGUAAACAAAAUGUCGUAUCAAAAGCAGUUGUAAUAUGACGUCAUCGUACGAUUACAUUUAUUUAUUGAUAAUGAUUUCUGUUUUUUUUUAUUUUAUAUUUUUCAUUCCUGUAUCCAUUCUAGUAUUAUGACGUCUUCCAGACAUUGACGUCACUAUUUGAUGAUGUCACGCAUCACGUUUCUUCAAUACUUUUUGAAUAUAGUGCAAAAUGCAGCUUCUUCAUUGUACUUUUUUGAUAUUUAUUAUCUAUGCCUUUGUAAAUAUUGUUCCAUAUUCUUGUUUUAGUGAAUAGGGCCAUGUUGUUAGUCUUACUUAUGAAACGGAGAGAUUAUUUCGCUUUGUUUUACACAAUACGAAUUGUGCAUAUUUCAAAUAUUAACCAACCCACCGAAGCUGGGAAACCUGCUUAGGUUAUCUGGUCAGUCUUGUACUCACUUAUGCUUUAUUACCUAAAACUUUCUGGCACCCAUAGUAUAGUAUCAACUUCCUCACACUUUAUUAUUUGGCUUAUUUUUGCUAUCAAAGUUCGCCGGAUGCGCUAGUUGAUCAAAAAUUAGUUCUCAAAUGUCUUUAAUGAAAUUGAAAUCCCCGCACCUGUCGAAUAUGCACAAAUUAUAAGGCAUACAUUACACCUCCUUAUCGGAACCAAUUCGAAAAGUUUGUAUGACGAUUUUCUAGAUUACUUUUUAUAUUGUGAUAUUUUUCUUCAUCAAUGUUUAUAUAUUUAUAAUUCUGUAUUUGCCCAGAGAUGAUACGCCACACGCAAAAGAUUACUUUUAAGAAAAUAUUCCGAUUCUUCUCACACACUACGUGCGUCUUCCUAAAUGUUUUUGCUGUGUCGCGAUGUCACUACACACACACUAUAAGGAAAUGUAUAAAUCCCCUCGUAUUUAUAAAGUUAUAAAUAAAAUAAAUCAAACGUAAUUUGGACCGCAAAAUUUUAGCAAAAAUACUUUAAUUGAUAAACCAAAAUAACCGUUCUGUCGAUGCUAAGGUGAUCGGUAAAAUACAGAAAGCUAAAGUUGGGCAAGUCUACGACAGAGAUGCUAUCGAAUGAAAAAAAAAUUUUGGCAGGCGUGUUAUUGUUUCUUUUUCGUGGACUUUUUAUAGCAGGGAUGAUUAACUUGUAGGGUUAACACACAAAAACGAAUUCAUGUAAUUUGGAACAUAUUGUAGAAUAAACAUAACUUUUGUUUGAAGUGUCCUGGAUUUGUGAAACUUUGGGUACAAAGACACACAAACAUAAAUUGAGAAAUUUGCGUUCUGUUUUUUUUUCAACCUGUAUCAUUCAGCCCCGUAUGUAAAAUCAGUGCCGUUGCGUGAUGACUCCGAACCUGCAAAUUGAGAGUCUGAAAUUGUUCCAUCGGUGCUCUGAUAUGAAAAACAGAUCCGAUAUAGCCUUAAUUAAAUGCAAAAAUGGUCUUCAAUUCUACCGUUAAAUGAAUUCAAUUCUACCGAUAAAAUGAAACAAAUGGUUCAAAGGAUUGGCAUUCACAGGCAAUAAUAUCGAAGAAUCUCCCAGUUUCAGCAAAUUUUUUCAGCAAAAAAAAUUGGCAAACCUAUGAACCAUUUUUGGCCAACCAAUAAGAGGAUAGUCAUAAGUUUUCCUUUUUGCGUGUAAAAAAAUGAGUGGGUUGCUUUGUUCCGAGCAGUUAUGGGAAUUUUGGCGUUUUUUCUAGUAUUGCAGCUCCGAAGUAAAAUCGAAAUGGAAGUAUAUGAACUUGCUAACAUUUACGAUGUCAUAACUUAAAAAUAUUGAUAAUUUUUAUGCAUUUAUUUAUAGCGUUCGUGUAAUUGUGAUAUCAUAUGAAUACCCCCUUUCUCCUUUUGUUUUCAAAUGAAUAAAUUGGUCCUGGUCAUUCCUUGUUUGUAA